CAGCUGGCUGAGGUCACGUGACUGUAUUUGUUGUGUCCAGACGGCACGGCCGCUGCGCUGCAAUGUCAUCAUCUUCCUCGUUAUUAUCGCCCCAAUGAGUGAUUAUUCCUGAUGGAAUUCGUCCGUGACUGAGCCGAGCUGACUGCGAACAUCAAUUCAAUGCUUUCCGACUGAAAGAGCGGAUAUAUAGAGCCUUGUGCAGGACAGAAAAACAGACGAGUGGAAGGUUGUGAAGUUCUGCGGGUGGAAAAUGGCCGUGUUGCAGCAGUUUGGAUUGCUUCUGUGGAAGAACUACAUUCAGCAAAAGCGUCAGAUCCUGGUUAUGCUGGUGGAGGUCGCGCUGCCUCUGCUCUUCUCAGCCACCCUGAUCAUCCUGCGGCAGAACGUGUCCGUCACCACCUACCCGGAUGCAACACGCUACGACAGAUUCCCUUUGAGCGACUUGCCACGUCCGCUGUGCUUUAAACAGCUGCAGCUGGCCUACGUGCCCUCGAACGCCAGCGUGGUGCGGGGAAUCACAGAGGACGUCCAGCGGAGCCUGGGAAGCUGCAUCAGAACCAUCCGUGGAUUUGAAACCGAGGAGCAGUUCGAGGAGUUUGUGAAAACUGACCCAGAGUCAGGCAAGAUCUUGGCAGCCAUUGUGUUUGAGCAUCCUUUCAGCCACGACGAUGAGCCUCUUCCUCUGCAGGUCAGCUAUCAUCUACGCUUCACGUACAGCCCCCGAAACGCUCCGGCCCGUGAGAAGUCCGAGUUCAACCCCAACAAUGACCUGGACUGGCACACGCUCAGCUUGUUCCCGCUGUUCCAGCUGCCCGGGCCCAGAGAGCAACACGAGCCGCACGGCGGCACGCCAGGUUAUUUCCGCGAGGGUUUCCUGCAGGUGCAGCACGCGGUGGAUCGGGCCAUCAUGAAGGCCUACAACAGCACGACUGCGGCGGCCCUCUUCAAGCAAACGCAAGUGCUGCUCUCCCGUUUCCCUUACCCAGCGUUCAUCUACGACAUCUUCAUCCUGGCCAUCCAGAACCAGCUGCCCCUGCUGCUAGUGCUCAGCUUCACCUACACGUCUUUGAACAUCGUGCGCGCGGUGGUCCAGGAGAAGGAGAGGAAACUGAAGGAGUACAUGCGCAUGAUGGGUCUCAGUAACUGGUUGCACUGGAGCGCCUGGUUCCUCAUGUUUUUCCUCUUCCUUUCCAUCUCCGUCUUCUUUGUCACUGUGCUCAUCUGUGUCAAGGUAAACAGAGGCACAUUGGUGAUACAACCUGUUCUUUCAAAAGUACCUGCUUCUAGAAAUGUUUGCAUUUCUUUGUUUGUUUUAACUCUUUGACAAGUAAACUUUAGG